UAGCCGGUGCGGCGAACUACUUAAUACAAGUCGCGUCUUUUACUGCCCGACUACAAGCGCACAGUGUAAUCUCAACAAAAUAUUGCGAACUGUUACGACAGAUUUGAAUGUAAUGUGGUAUUAAUAAUUGUAUGCAUUUGAAUUAAAAGUGCAUUAUGGCGGACAAAAAAUAUAUCCUAGGAAUGGACAUUGGAACUACUUCAGUUAAAUUAUGUGUUUAUGAUCCCGAUACAAAUGAGUUGGUGGCCAAACAGAAUAAGGACACUGCGGCUAAUAUACCAAGUGAUCAAGGAAUUGAAGGGAAUAAACAGGAUGUUCCCAAAAUAGUAUCAGCUGUUCAUUACUGUGUUUCGCGACUUCCAAGGGAUGUUUUACGGCAUGUCACGAAAAUCGGUGUUUGCGGUCAGAUGCAUGGAGUUGUAUUAUGGAAAAAUGGAGCCUGGGAAAAAGUUGAAAAAGAUGGCAAUGUAAUUCGUUUUGAAGCUAUCAGAGAAAAUAUGUCUGCUUUAUAUACGUGGCAAGAUUCUAGAUGUAAACCUGAAUUUUUGGAUACAUUACCUAAACCUGAAUCACAUUUAAAAUGUUACUCAGGAUAUGGAUGUGCUACACUUUUAUGGAUGCUUAAACACAAGCCAGAUAAACUAAAAAACUUUGAAUAUUCAGGUACAGUGCAGGAUUUUGUGGUGGCAAUGCUUUGUGAUUUGAAUACUCCGAUUAUGUCUGACCAGAAUGCUGCUAGCUGGGGCUACUUCGACACAAAGAAUAACAAAUGGAAUACUGAUAUUCUACAGUCAAUAGAUUUUCCAGUGAACCUAUUGCCGAAAAUAAUGAAAAGUGGUGAUUUUGCUGGAAAAUUAAACAGUUCUUGGAAUGGAAUUCCUGAAGGAAUACCUAUAAGUGUGGCUAUGGGUGAUCUUCAAUGUUCAAUUCUAUCAACAUUAGAAAAUGAAUAUGAUGCUGUACUAAACAUAUCAACAUCAGCCCAACUUGCUAUUACUGCUGAUAACAUUUCUGAUCUGGGUUGCAACACUAUAGAACACUUACCAUAUUUUAAAAACAAAUAUUUAGUUGUAGCUGCAUCACUAAAUGGAGGAAAUGUUUUAGCUACUUUUGUCAAAAUGCUACAACAAUGGAUGCUUGAAUUUGGAUUUCCCAUACCACAAUCAAAAGUUUGGGAAAAGCUAAUUGCUCUUGGUUUAGAAGCACCAGAAUCAACAAUGACAAUUAACCCACAACUUUUGGGGGAGAGAAAUUUUCCAUUGGCUAAAGCUUCUGUUGAAAAUAUAGAUCUGUCUAAUAUUAAUCUCGGGCAGGUUUUUAGAUCUCUUUGUGAUAGUUUAGUUGCAAAUUUGCAUUUUAUGAUGCCUAAAGAAAUUCUGCGAAAAGCAAAUAUAAAUAGAAUAGUAGGAAAUGGUUCUGGGCUAUCCAGAAAUGCGGUAUUACAAAAGGCUGUUGAACAUCACUACAGUUUGCCACUAGUGUUUACAUCAGGAGGUGAUGCUGCGAAAGGUGCUGCUAUAGCAGUUGUAUAAGGUUUAUAAAUCAAGAUGCUUAUAUUCUACAGCUUAGUUUAUUAUUAUAUAUAUAAAUAGAUUUAUUAUUUAAAUGAUUUUAAUGUUAUUUUAAAGGUAUAAUCUUGAUAAAAAAAGCAAAUAAUGUCCUAUUAGCAGGUUUAGAUCGCACAUAUUGGCUUCUUUUAGAACACCAUACAAAAAGUAUAGUUAAUUCAUCAAUUAUUUUUAUUAUAUAUCACUAAUACUGAAAACAACUGUGAUGAACAUUUUUUAAUCAAAGUGUUGCUUCCAUAUUUUAAUACAGUCUAUGCUAUUGUUAUCAAAUAAAUAAAUAGUAUCUAGAAAAAGUAUAUCAUAUAUUAAAUUAUUAUAUAAGUAAGAAAAUAAAAUAAUUUUCAUAAAUAUGUCAUUGACAAUUUAGUAUAUUACACUGUUUCUUUUGUACUGUAUUAUUAUUUUAGUUUUGUAUAUCUAAUUACACACCUCUGGAACAUGGGAUAUUGCUCUCCUUGUGUAUAGGUGUAACUGUAGGGAGGCGCAAGUCAGAAUAGUUACUAAAUGGAUGAAACUAUUUGAUGAGAAACUGAAAAGAAAUCCAGACAAAGCUAAGGGUCGAAAUUAAUAAUCAAGAACAAAAUAAAUCUAAAUGUUUUAUUUAUACUAAAUGUUUUUAAUUAGGUGUUACAAUAUUUUGCU